GCUGUGUAUGUGACUGGUGGGGGUUAGAGUCAGUUUCUCUUCAGUUGCAAAAGGGAUUGCCAGACACCUGGAUCUCUCUAUCUCUCUCUUUCUUUCUCUCAACUUCUGUCCUCUCUGUUCCCCAGACAAGAUGCCAGAGUUCAUCAGCAACCCAGACUUUGUGAGUGAGACCCUCCAAGAUCUGGGCUCCCCCAUCACCUCCAGCUUCACCUCCAAGAUGAUUAACUGCAGGAACACAGUGACUGUGCUGGAAGAGUCGCUGGAGGCUGACCAGGCCAUUUUACAGAGGAUGAAGAAGCUUGUCAAAGCCAUCCACUCGUCUGGACUCUCCCACACGGAGAACGAAGAACAGUAUAUCGAAGCCCUGGAGCAGUUUGGGAGCCAUCAUUUGGCUCAGAACAAGAACGAGCUGUCCACGGGCUUCCUGAACCUCGCUGUCUUCACCCGAGAGGUCACUGCGCUCUUCAAGAACCUGAUUCAGAACAUGAAUAAUAUCAUCGCAUUCCCGCUCGACACUUUACUGAAGGGAGACCUGAAGGAAGGCAAAGGGGACCCGAAGAAGCUGGUUGAGAAAGCGUGGAAAGAGCACGAGGCUAAAGUCGCCAAGAUCGAGAAGGAGAAGAAAGACCGAGCCAAACAGCUGGGACUGACCCGAGCCGAGCUCAGCCCCGCCGAGGUCACAGACGACGUGGAGAAAGAGCGCAGAAUCUUCCAGCUCCACAUGUGUGAGUAUCUUCUCAAAGUCAACGAGAUCAAGGUUCGAGAAGGUCCUGAUCUCCUUCAGAGUCUCAUCAAGUAUUUCCACGCACAGCAAAAUUUUUUUCAGGACGGUCUCAAGGCAGCUGAAAGUCUGUCGCCGUUUGUGGAAAAACUAGCCACGACUGUCCACACGCUCAAGCAGUGUCAGGACGAGGAGAGCAAACAGUUGACGCAGACCAGGGACUCGUUGCGAGCGGCACUGCAGGUGGAACAGAAGGAGGAUUCUUUAAAUCGGAAGAACUCCGGCUACAGCAUCCACCCACUGCCCGGUAACCGGCUCUACGGCACAGAGAAGUCUGGCUUCCUGAACAAAAAGAGUGAUGGGAUCCGCAGGGUUUGGCAGAAGAGGAAGUGCGGGGUGAAGUACGGUUACCUCACCAUAUCACACAGCACGAUAAACCGCCCGCCCGCCAAACUGAACCUGCUGACUUGCCAGGUCAGGCCGUCACCGGAGGAGAGGAGAUGCUUUGACCUGAUAGCCCACAACCGGACGUAUCACUUUCAGGCGGAGGAUGAGCAGGAGUGUCAAGUGUGGGUGUCGGUGCUGCAGAACAGCAAGGACGAGGCACUGAGCAACGCCUUCAAAGGGGAUCUGAGCAACGGCUGCAGCGACACCGUGCAGGAACUGACCAAAGCGGUCAUCGCGGAGGUCAAGGCCAUGGCGGGAAAUGACCUUUGCUGCGACUGUGGGGCUCCAGACCCCACCUGGCUCUCCACCAAUCUGGGCAUCCUGACCUGCAUAGAAUGUUCCGGGAUACACCGGGAGAUGGGUGUGCACCACUCCAGGAUUCAGUCGCUCACGCUGGACGUACUGAGCACCUCUGAGCUCCUGCUCGCGGUCAGUAUCGGCAACGUCAGGUUCAACGAGGUGUUUGAGGGCAAUCUGCCCGUUUCGAGUGGCGUCAAACCCAUCGCCAGCAAUGACAUGAACGCUCGGAAGGAGUAUAUUACGGCCAAGUACAUGGAGAGGCGCUAUGUGCGGAGGGGAUUGUGCGAGGGGGGGGCGAGGCUGUACGAUGCUCUGAGGAACAAGGAGCUGAUGACCCUGGUGCAGAUGUACAGCGAGAGAGUAGAUCUCUCCACCCCACUCGUACUGCCAGACGGACAGGAUCUAGGAGAGACGGCGCUGCACGUGUCCGUUCGCAUGGCUGACAGCGGCUCGCUGCCCCUGGUGGAUUUCCUGAUCCAGAACGGGAGUGUGGACCUGGACGUGAGGACAGUGAGCGGUAACACAGCCGUGCAUUAUUGCUGCCUAUACAACAAGCUCGAGUGCCUGAAGCUGCUUCUGAAAGGAAAGGCCAAUCUGCACACAGCCAAUGGAGACGGAGUGACGGCACUGGACAUCGCAAAGAAACUCAACCACGUUCACUGCGAGGAGCUGGUGGAGCAAGCAUUGGGGGGCAGGUUCACCUCCCCGGUGCAUGUCGAGUUCGACUGGGGCUGUGUGCAGCAGGACUGCGCGUACGAGAGCGAGGAGGACACGGAGGGCAGCCCUUUGCAAAGGUCUUUCAAGUCCCUGGGGCUGGCUCAGGGCUGGUCGAGCCCCGCCAGCUCCCCGCUGCCCACCCCCAGCCCCAGCGGCGUCUCAAAGGAUCGCUGGAGCUUCUCCGGCUCCAACAUCAUCAACGAGACCUACGGGACGGUCAUGGUCCACCCCAGGACAUCGCCACCCCACUCUGCGCCCGCCAUGCCCCCACCGCCCCUGCCGGUGAAAACCUUCACCAGGUCGGGCUCCGCAGACUUCCAGAGCAAACAGCGGCCUCUGUCCAGUGUGAACGGCUCCUCACUGCCUCUAUCCACGAGUCUCACGGCCUCCAAGGCUCCAGGCCGCCCUGAUGUUCCUUGGCGACCCUCGGCAGCCGGUAGCCAUCAGGUACCUGAUGCUCCAAGCUCUCAGCACCGCUCGUUACAGCACCGAAGCUCCCCCCCACCCCCUCCCCCACUGGGGGUUCUCAGAUCCCGAUCGCUCCCCGAAGCCCCCCAGCACAGCCUCCCUGGCCCCCCAGCACCCUCACCAGCCAGCCCGACUAGAACGACGCUGAACAAAGAAGCAGGGAGGACGGAGCACAGAAGAUGCCGAGAGGAGAGGUUCCCUGUGGCUCCGACUCUGGGACAGGAAGCCGAGAAGGAUCCCAUGUCACCAGGACUACGCCCAUCCCUGUGCCCCUGCCCAGGAAAUCCAUUGGGGUGAGGCUGAAACAGAAGCGAGUCAAAGCCAUCCUGGACUGCAUGGCCGACAACACAGAUGAGC